CAAUGCUGGGCAUAGACAACUUCCAUUGAAUUAGCGUCCCUCAGGCUGUUAGCAGGAACCGGAUGCCAUGGGCUCGCAAAAACCUAAAAACAUGGAUAUUAUGGUCCUGGUCAUCGUUAUCCUCCAGGCGUUGAUGGUCUUCAGCGAACAAGAUGUUUGGAAUUCAUGUCCUGUGAGGAAGGAGAACCCAGUGGGGCAGGCGUGCCAGAAGGCUUGCACUCAGCAUGGGGACUGCGCAGGAAAGCGGCAGUGCUUGUGCGACGGUGACUGCGGCAUGAGUUGUGUCUUAGUCCGCAGCUGCCCCUGGCCUGUCGCUAUAGAGAAUGCCGAAACGAAGCUUGUGACGGAAUCAAGGAACUUUGGGGAUGAGAUGUUAGUAAUGUGCCAGCCUGGAUUCAAAAUGGCCACUGGACAAGAGAUGGCACUGAGCCGUUGUCAAGGAGACAAGAAGUGGAGUGUAACCGCAGCCUGCGAAGAAACCUUUUGCCCACCUCCUCCAGAGAUCAAAGAUGGUUAUCUAGUGGCAGUUAAAAAGCAGGAGUAUGAGGUAUCUGAGGUGAUAUAUUAUCUCUGCCAAAAGACUUUCUAUCUGGAUGGUUCCAACAGUGUUACCUGCCAGGCUAACGGCACAUGGUCAGCGACCCCAGUAUGCAGAGCUCGGUGUAAGAUACCUGCACAGAGGAGCCGGGUGCUGUACAAUGGCAAGAAGUUGUGGAUCACAGAAAUCCCAGAGGCUCUAGUAACUCACUUUGAAAAAGUCAUGUUUUUCUGCCGGAAUAAGGACCAACAGUGCAGCUAUCCCGCUGAGUCCCGAUGCUUUGAUGGAGUCCUGGAGCUCCCAGAGUGCUAUGAAGAACCCACAUGGAUCCAGUACAAUUUCUUUCCCAAAAAUAUUGUUUCAGAGAUAACGUCAUGCCAAGGAUCCUAAAAGACCUCAAGGAAUAGACAGAUGUGGCCACUUGGAGUCAAGCCAAAGGGGAUUAUUUUUGUUUGUUUUAUCCAUAUUAUAUGCCUUAUCCAUUCACUAUUAAGAUGAAAUUGUUCAUUUAUUACCACAAGACUGAGCACAAUAAACAUGUGCUUUUAGGAUUUGGCCUUCACAGCCUUUAGUUCUUUAGGUUCUCUGAGAUUUUUUGGCAAAGUAGAUCAGUGUUGAAUGGAACUUUUGUAUAAAAAUAAUAUUUAUUUGUACUGAAUACACUUUUAUUAAAAAAAAAUAUGGUAAAAGAA